AUGGCGGCCUACAGAUACACCGACAGUGAUCUGCUGCGUUUGCGCCGCGCCUUCGCACCUGACAGAGAGGUUGCAUACAAACUCGCUGAAAGAGUCGAUGAAGACAAUGAUUUAGGGGAGAUCAUUCGCACUACAUCUGAGCACUCACUGUCCCUCAUCGUCGAGGAGAGCGGAAGUUCCAGUAAUUCCGAUGCUCAGUUUCGCCAAGCUGCUGCUCAGCAGCUUGAUGGCACCGACUCAGAGCGACAGUACCAAGACCGAAGCGAUUCUCAGAUCGACCGUGCACCAUUGGUGGCACCGGCUGGCCUUGUCAGUCAGAGAUCUGAGGGCUUCAAACAGUUCUACGACUCGGUCAAGUCUCCCACUCAUAUGAGAGUGACUGCAGGUGGUCGGAUUGUGCCCAACUCACGCGGCCCGCCUUCUCCCAUAUCAAAAUGGAAUCGAGAGUUUGGCUCGCUCGACAGCCAGUCCUAUUCUCGUAACAUGAACGGCAAUCAACCUGAGGGCGUUUCCUAUCCCAUUCUGCCUCCGAGUUGGGGACAGGUGACCGCUAUGGUUCCUCCCCAAACUCAUGGCACCAUGCCUGGAAUGACGAUGAGACCCCCAGAAGGAUACGCUCUCAUAGCGCCUCCUCCUAUGGGCUACAACAUGGCUGCUGUCCCAUACAACCAAUUUCCCGCCUCUGGUGUUCCUAUCCAACACCCAGGUCAAGCUAGCUACUUCGGCAAACCUCCCGACAUGGGGAUGGAACCAGCGAGAAGCGUUCAUCUCUCGCCUGUCGAGCAGUUUGAUCCUACCCGACCAUUCUUCUACAAUGGACAGUGGUUGCUUGCGAACGGAAACAACUUGUACCCCAUCAACGUGGCUCCCCAGAUGAAUUUCGUUGCCACACAUGUGCCUAAUCAACUCGCACCUCGCCCAAGUGAUGAUCACAUGGCCCAUCCUGCUAAGUAUGGCCGCGUCUCUGCGCGACAGCUCAACCCGUCGCCCAUGAACUCAAAGCCCACUGUGGAAGAUAUGUCUCGCUCUGCCAGUCCUCCCUACUCGUCGAUUCGGCCUAGCUCUAUCACACAGAAGCAGCUGGAGGUCCUCCGUAGUCAAAAAAGGUAUCAUCAAGACCAGCUUCAGUACAACAAGCAUCAAAUCGAUCUUCGAGACAUGGAAGAACGACUUCAGAAGAUCUGUGCUGAAAUCAACAAAUUUGAGCACCUCUACGCGAUGCAGGUCGAGUUUGAGGCCAGGAAGUACCCCAAGCUUGAAUCUCCCGACGAAGCCAACUCUAACUCAUCCGCUGGCUAUCCUCACAGUCGCAGUGAUUCUGACGGGCCCAUGGCUGUUACCAAAAUGCCUACCUUGGGGUACGGAGACCAGCAACCUGGUGCCCGCGCUCAUACGCGCUCAGUGAGUGCUCUCGGCCCGGCCAACCCGGCUGCGGCGGUCGCUUCGGCCAAGAACCCCAGCACUUUGAAGAACGAUAAUGGGCAACAGCGGAAGCCUUCAAGCCUUCCAGUCAAUGCGGCCUUGGCGCCGGUCUUCCAGCCCCGAUCCGAGAUCAAUGGUUCUUUCGUUGCAACAGACCAAACUGACGAGGCUGCACGUGCUCGGCACUGGGAGAACGCCAGACGUGAUGACUACACCUACGAGCGUGAGCUUACAGCGGAUGAACAACGUGCUCGCUACAUCUACUGGGAAAAAGCUCCUCACUACUUCCAGGACGGUCUUCCCAGGUAUGACGGCAAGAACUUCUAUCACGCUCCUGAUGACAAAGAGAACUCUCUGCGCGCGGGCAACACUAUCUCUCCAAGUCUCUCCAACCCGGCUGAGACACAGGCAUCGACUACUAAGUUCAGAAGUGCUGUUCCGUUCAACAAAGUGUUUCAGGCCGCCAGAGGUUCUGCUCGCCAUCUGUUUGAUGAGGUUACCCGCUCUGAGUCUUUGCACCGCACCGACGACUCUCUCCGCGCGAGUUCCAACUCCGAGUUCCCUCGGUCCGAGUCUCACGCAGCUCACCCUGGCUCCCGAUACAUGGAUUUUCGACGUGCCAUCAAUGAGAGCACACGAGUUUCAAGUGAGAAAUUCCAAGCCAAAGUCUCUGACGACUCGGCUGAAGAAGAGGGCAGUCUGAUCUUCAAAGGGCGCCGGGUCAUGGACCGUGCUGUCAGCAGCAAGUAUCCGAGAGACAUCUGGUCGACCAUGCGCAAGAAGGGUAAAACAAGCGCCAACGUGGUUGCUGGUCAGGUGUCCCCCAUGACAGCUCAAGGUGUCCUUCCUCACUACUCAGGCCAUGCCACCGCAUCCCUGACCCCGACCAUCACCACAAACUCUCGUGGCCAUGCUGUCAGACAGGGUGAUAUGAACCCUCCACCUACUCUUGGAAGACGGGAGGAGAACAGACCUCCCCUUGAGCUUCUUGAACAGCAGCUCCGCAGUGCCAGCUUUCAAGACAACCCCCAUGGGUUCUCGACUCGUUGA